CUGUGUCUGUUCGUCAUAUGUACCCAUAAUGCAUCACAGCUCGAAUGUCAGCUGAUCUGUUCGAGGUUUCUGCUUGAAGGGGAAAUAUCUACGCUGUGCAUAAGAAAAAUGAAUCGUUCGUUGACGUCGGUACUUUUUUUUUGUGCCGCUUUUACAGCAGGCAUCCUUGGGGACCGUCUAACAGUGUUGAGGGCACCCCAGUAUGUCUCCUACCAUGAGGGACAGUGGCCAAUUUCUGGGGAGAAGAUCCCUGACCUGGUGGCUCUUACAAUGGGAUUCUCUGUGCAGGAUGAGCUGGGCUGGCCGGCGAUGCAGAUGGGCUCCCUGUUCCAGCGACCUCAGGCCAAUGUCCUGCUGGUGGUACGGGGAGUGGACAGCCUUGACCUGCCCCAGAGUGUAGCGUCCUACCCCUUGGAGAACCCUGUGCCCUUCACCCUGGACAGUGUGGCAAACACCAUGCAUGCACUCUUUCCAGACAACACCCCUGUGGUGCUGCAGCUGGCCCCCAGUGAGGAGAGGCUGUACAUGGUGGGCAAAGCCAACACAGUGUUUGAGGACCUUCCUGUGACUUUGCAGCAGAUUCGGGGGCGCCUGUCCCAGGACGGCUCUGUGCUCACCUCCCUUCCCCUCAGCUCCCUCAGCAGGAACAAUGAGGCUGACCUGCUCUUCCUGUCUGAGGUGCAGGUGCUGCAUGACAUCGCUGCCCUUCUGCUGAGGCACAAGCACCUUGCGAAGGACCACUCCCCAGACCUUUUCUCCCUGGAGCUGGCUGGGCUGGAGGAGAUUAGCCGCCACUAUGGCGUUGACUCCCCUCAGUUCACAGACGCCACCAAGAUCCUGGCCAGUGUGCUGCAGAAGUUCGCGGAUGACGUCUCCGGUAUUUACGGCGGUAACGCGCUGGUGGAGGUGGUGACGGUGAAGACCUUUGAGGCGCCCCUCACCAGGAAGUCUCGCUCCAUCCUGGAGACCAAGGAGGGCAACUCGGGGAGCCUGUACAACCUUGCGUACAAUUAUAACUUUGAGUAUGCGGUGAUCUUCAACAUCGUGCUGUGGCUGAUGAUUGCGUUGGCCCUGGCUGUCAUCGCCAUUGCCUACAACCUGUGGAACAUGGACCCUGGCUAUGACAGCAUCAUCUACCGGAUGACCAAUCAGAAGAUCCGUCUGGACUGAAGGCCCCUGCACCAUUGUAUUGCCACUUAGUCUCUUUAAACCCACCCUCUGCCCUACCCAGCAGCCUGCAUUGGCCUCUUUUCAGAAUAUCAGACUGUGUCCAUUUCUGCACAUUAGUCUAUAGGCCCAUUAAUUGUACAGAAAUUGUAGAUGAAAUAUGGCUUGAUUUGGCAUCGUAGGUUGUCCUUAUUUCAGUUUCUUGUGUAGUCAGAGUAUGUGGAAUUAAAGCUUUCAUUGAGGUCCCGGCUCAGUUCGAACGAAAAUGGAGGCUGCCUCUUUGACACCCAUGUAGGGUAUGGUCUUAAUGUGUUUCUUUAUUUAAAUGUGUGCUUAAUCAUAAUAUUUAACUUCUGUGACAUUGAUUUUAGCUUUAAGAUUGUGAAGUUUGUAUAUGGCAAAUCAACAAAUCUGAAUAACUACAACUGGUUUUUGAGAUUCAGCCAGAAAGACUGCUGUUGUAAAGUGUGUGUGUGUAUGUGUGGUCUGUGUGUCUGGGUAAAUGUAAAUAUUUCUGUUGUCAUGGAUACAGAACUAAGCAGUUGCUGUGCAUAAAAAUGCUGUAACCUGACUUGUUUCAUAGUUUCAUAAUUUUGUGAAAAGUAGGCUGUUGACCUCAGUUGCACUGCAUUCCCAGGUUUGUUGUCAUUCCUUUUGAGGCAUCUCAUUCCUGCGUUCAGUGACAUGGGUGAUCGUACAAGGAGCCAAAACGCUUUUAACAUGGCUGUGUCCUGUUGGGCCAGGACACAGAAUAGUCCAUUGUGUUUGUUCCAUGGGGGGGGGGGGGCGGUUAACUUUGAGUAAGGGAGAAAAAUGGCAUGUAUCUGUAAUUUUUCAUAUCUUGUUUAAUUUUGACACCUUCGUGACCAUGUGAUGCAAGACUCAAGUUGAUAUAGAAAUGACUAUUGUAUUUAAUGUAUGCACAUGGAAGGAACUACUACUGUCAUGGCAAAAUCAAAAUGAAACAUGUAAGGUUAAAAACGGACAAAAAUAAUAUCUCCGGCUUUGCCCCCCCCCCCCCCCCCCCAAACUCCAUACCUGCUCUUUUUGCAUACUGCAUCUCAGUUGUCUCCUGCAAGAGGGAGUGAUUAGACUUUACACUGUCAUAAUGGGAAAUGUAGUUCCUUACAUGAGUUGCCCAUAGUGUGAACUUGAAGUACUCUUUAUGCUCAUGAUGUAAAUGUUUGUGUAAGAAGAUGCAAGUGUUAAUUUAAUUAAAAUUCAUGUCUGAUGAAAUGA